GUCUGUUGUACAGGUUCUCUCUUCCUCGUCGGUGAACCCAUCGAGAGCGGCGCGGACGGUUGGGGCUGAGAUUUCUGUAUGUACCUUAACAACUCUCCCCUCAUCGCACGAUGCCAACUCUUGCAGAGACAAAGGAACUCUUCAGGAGAGCAGAUGCUGUCUGCUUUGAUGUGGACAGCACAGUCAUCAAAGAGGAAGGCAUUGAUGAACUUGCUAAAUUCUGUGGUGUGGGGGACGCAGUCAGAGAGAUGACAUGUAAAGCAAUGGGUGGCUCAAUGACAUUUAAAAAGGCCCUGACUGAGCGUCUUUCCAUCAUUCGGUGUUCUAGAGAACAAGUAAACAAACUGAUAACAGAUCACCCGCCUCAGCUGACUCCAGGCAUCAGGGAGCUUGUGGGCCGUCUGCAUGAGCACAAGAUAAAGGUGUUCCUUGUUUCGGGUGGCUUCCGCUGCAUUGUUGAACAUGUGGCCACUCAGCUCAACAUUCCUCUGCAAAAUGUCUACGCCAACCGGCUCAAGUUCUACUUCAAUGGAGAGUAUGCUGGUUUUGAUGAAACUCAGCCCACAGCUGAAAGUGGUGGCAAAGGAAAAGUGAUCAACAUGUUGAAGGAGCAGUACGGCUUCAAGACUGUGGUGAUGAUCGGAGAUGGGGCCACUGAUCUGGAGGCAUGCCCCCCAGCUAGUGCUUUCAUUGGAUUUGGUGGGAACGUUGUCAGACCACAGGUUAAAGAGAGGAGUUCAUGGUACGUGACCAGCUUUGGAGAACUACUGAAGGAACUGGAGAAGAUUUAGAAGACACUAGAAUUACUGUUACCAAUAUAACGUUUUAUAUUUGCACCCAAAGGUGUGCCACAAGUGGUUUUAUUCAUUGCACACUUUUCCUUUUGACAAUAGAUUUUUAUAAAUAAAUAUUAUGCUAAUCAAAUUUGACCUUGACAGGGAUGUUACCCAUUUAAUUUUUAUACAAGAGCAUACUAAAAAAAAUGAAUAACAAAUGCUGUUUUUGUGCAAGUUAAGAUUUGAGUGUUUUGGCACUUCUCAUCUUGUAACUUUUGGCUAAGUUAAUACAACUCCAUGUUAUGGGAUGUGCAAUGAGAGAUAAACAUUUUAGAAAUGUCUUGUGUACUAAAGCGCUUUAACCAACUUAUAAAUGAGACUUCAUUCUUGUAAGAGGCGUCAUCAUUAAAGAUGAGAACAUGCUGUAAA